AUGGCACCUAAUCAUUCAAAUGAGGAAAACUCGCAUAAUAGUCUUCCAUGUCCCAUUUUGCGUGUAGAAGAUUACGAUAUUCAUCCAAAGACUGGUUUUUUACCGCCCAACCCUCCUUUAACACGUUUACCUGACCUCUAUUAUUCUCCCUGGGAGCAAGUAAUAGAUAGUUAUCAUGACUUGAUGUUGGCUGGACGUUUGGGAGAGUCGAUUAAUAUGCUGCCAAUUUUGGAAACUGAUCACCUCAAAUCAAUACCGGAAUAUAGACGUGCAUUUUUAAUUCUCUCUAUUUUGGCACAUGGUUUUGUGUGGGGUAAAUAUGAAGCAGUCAGAGAUGUAUUGCCAGCCUGCAUCGCAAUACCGUGGGUAAAAGUUUCUAACGUUCUUGAAAUUGCACCCAUUUGUAAUCAUGCUGCGGUUGUUCUAUGGAAUUGGCGGUUGAUCUUUCCCGAUGCGCCAUUUGAUCUAAAGUAUGACGUUUUUGCUAUGGAAAUUUACUAUUUACCAGUUAAUAAUUCAAUUGACAUUCGUAAUAACUUUUUACCCUUUUUCGAAAGUAAUCUCGCCACACUAAUUACAUUCACCAACACGAGUGAUGAAGGGUGGUUCUAUCUCGUGACAACGACUAUCGAGGCUAUAGGAGGACGCGCACUCAACGCCAUAAUUUUGGCCCUUGAAGCUGUACGCGAUCGAGACAACUUUAAGCUAAUGUCUGCUUUGAUGGUGAUUUGUUCCGCAAUGAAGGACAUCAACGAGACCUUGCAAAGAAUGUUUGAUAAAUGUGAUCCUUACAUAUUCUAUUGGAAAGUUCGUCCAUAUCUGUCGGGCUGGGAGAACGAGGAUCGACUACCAAAAGGAUUGAUAUAUGAAGGUGUUGAUCAACCUGAUGAAUAUGGAAAUCCAGUUUAUCGUCAGUAUGCAGGCGGCAGUGCCGGCCAGAGUGCAUUAAUUCAAGCGAUUGAUAUUGCCUUGAAUGUCGAACAUUAUCCAACUGGCGUUAAAACUGGUAUAACAAAUAAUAAAGUAUUUUCGUCCGAAGUAAAAGAACAUACUCGUGAAGAACCUAACGGAAAUUGCUAUGCUGCAAGCAGCAUAAAUUCGUUAAGCAACGCGAGUUCCUGCUAUCAUCUUCGAAUCCAAAAUCAUCAACAGCAACUCGAAUUUGAGAAAAUGUCCUCGAACGCUUCCAAUAAUAACAAACCUCAACAACCCUAUCUUCAUAAAAUACGACAAAAUAUACCGGGACCACAUCGACGAUUCUUGGAAGAUCUUGCGAAAAUUGCAAACAUUCGUCAAUACAUUUUGACACGAACCAAAUUCCCUCUAGAUGACAAAGUACAGGGAUUAGAUGACGACGAUUUGGUUAAAGCAUAUAAUGAUUGCUUGAACGAAAUGAAAAAUUUUAGAAAUAAACAUUUACAAAUUGUGAGCACUUACAUUGUAAUUCAAUCACACCGAGGAGGUGGUCAUUUUCAUACCAAGAACCCUUAUUUGGCAAAAUGUCCUGUGAGCACAAUUACUCACAACACGACCACCAACAUUCCAAUCACUGCCAUCAAUAAUAAUUCCACAACUAAUACAAUGAGUACAUGCGUUUCAGUCACCCACUUGAAAACUAAAGACGCGCGAAUCACAUCAAAGACGAUAACAAAUGGUUCUGAUUUGGAUCUCAAAGGAACUGGAGGAACCAACUUGAUGCCGUUUUUGAAACAAAUGCGCGAUGAAACAAUCGCUAAAGAAAUUGGAUCCUGA